GGGGAUGUCCCAGAGCCUCAUGGGGAUGCUGUGACAUCCAGGGGGCGUAGUCCCCAUGUGCUACAGGUGGAUUGGGAACAUUAUGACAUUCUGGGGGAAUUGUCCCCGAGCUCCACGGGGCCUUUGUGCCACCCCGGCCUCUCCUGCAGAUCUGGUCCCGAAGCCCCACGUGGGGGCCACCACCAGCGGCGACGCCCAGCAGUGCAACGCCACCCUCAACUGCUCCGUGUCCCUCCAAGGGGUCACCUACGAGUGGAUCCCGCUCCAGAAUCUCCCGAGGAACGACGGCCCCGUCCUGAGCGUGUCCUUCAACCCCGCCGUGGAGACCUACGUGUGCCGGGUCAGCAACCCCGUGUCCUCCAACAACGCCUCGCUGACCUACCGGCCGCCCUGCAGCUGGACAG